AUGAUGGCCGAUGAGUGUAUGGCUGCAGACUGUUUCGAUGAAACUUUUAACGAGAAAUGGAACAUGGACACACAUGACGAUGACUCUUCAAUGCUAGAUUACGAGUCGUUUUUGCAGACGGAUGUUGGUGAUUAUGAUGAUCUCGACGAUUUCGAUGACGAUGAAUUUUUCGAAUCGUCACAGUUGCACAGAUUAAUUCAUACACAGCCUAUUCACAUGAUUAAUCAAAAUGCUCUAUUCAGCUGCACGGCGGAUUCCAUGAACACACAGCCCCAAGAACUUCACACAACAAUAGACACUUUGUUUCCUUCGAAUACUUCGCAAUCAGCUACAACAUCACGGUCGUCAUCAUUAUUUUCAGCAACACUGCCUCCAGAAGAGGAAAGUAGGACUGCCUCUGCAUCCUAUGACUUCUUUGAUAGUAUAGAAGAGGCUAACGAUAAUUUCGAUGAGCCGCUAUUGGAUCAUAAACACGAUCAUAAACCACCUGCUUGUUCCAACACAAAUCUCCAGAUUCAAUUGAAUACUCUGAUACCCAGGAGUGUGCCUCAAAAGAAGGUAGAUCUGAAACUUUGCCUAGAUAUGGGAUCUUUCUCUAAACAGCAUGAAACAGGCACUUUCUACAGCGGUUCAAAUUAUCAUUAUUCAAUCAAGUCUAGUCACAAGCAACAAAAUCCUCCACAAGCAUUGGGUGAAGACUCCCUUCUAAUCCGUACACUUAAUGCCAAACUGUCAAGAUAUGCGGGCUACUACACCGCAGAUUCAAAGGACCAGGAGUAUUCUGAUAAAGUAAGGUUUCAGGAAAUCUCAUACAAAUUUAGCAAGACCUACUUUUGA